AUGUCGCUGUGCAUGACGUCACAUUUCUGCAUGCUGGUCCUACCAGUGAUGUCACUGCUGCUGCUCUUCUCUCCUAUUGGAUGGAGCCACGAUGGCCUCACCCCAGGGUGUCACCUACACCCUUUCAACGUGACCAUUCGCAGUGACCGUCGCAGCACAUGUAAAGGCACCCACCUGGUCUACGCCUGCGUUGGUUACUGCGAGUCCAGCGCCUUCCCUUCCAGAUACUCCGUGCUGGUGGCCUCCAACUUCACCCACAACAUCACCUCCGCCUCACGAUGCUGCACCAUAAGCAAGGACGCUAAGGUCAAAGUUCGCCUGGACUGCCCUAGAGGUCGUCACCAUGACGAAAUAGAGAUCCUGACUGCAAAGGCGUGUCGAUGCGACAUGUGCCGCAAGUCCCGCUACUGACAAAUCAAGACAAUAUGAUGCAUCUCAAAUGUACAACAAAGCCAAAAACGAAUUUAAGCCGUACAAACUGCAAAAUUAUUGAAAUACAAGUGUUUCAGGGAUGAACCAUAAUUUUUCUAUCUAUGUUGAGAUAUUUUGAAUGUUGAUGAAAAUCCCCUUUAAUCUAUUUAACUAAAAAACAAUCCACUAAAUUACUCUGAAUACUAAUUUCCUUCAUUCUGGUUCUCAAAGAAUAAAAGAAGGUUGUUGGAAAAAAGCCAAAAGAUGAAGGGUCUAUGCACAUCCCCCAUGUCACUCAAAAUGUUUGAAUUUAAUCAUAGGCAGAGUAACCCUGGCCUGGAUUAAUCGCCAAGUACAUUGAGAUUAAAAUGAGGAAUUCACAUUUUUAAAAGUAUAAAAGAUUUGUGAGUGUGUGACCGCGUGUGUUUUGUGUGCUUGUGUACAAUUUGAUGUAAGGGAAGUUUUUCAAGAAAACUUGAUUGAUGCACAUUUGUGUUUAAAGGCUAUAUAAACCAUUCUGUAACUCCAGGAUUAUAAUCAACCAAACCCCUUAAAAGACUGUCUUCAACUUAUUUCACAUUUUCAAAUAUGCCCAAAUUUAUAACAGCAUUACAUUAAAGUUAGAAAAGUCAAGCCAUCUGCAUAAAGGUUAUAUAUACUAAUAAUUUCAUCCAUUGCAAUAACCACUAAACGCAGACAAGAGACCAAAGAAUGUACAAAAUUAUUUAUAUUUAUGAAUUUGAAA